CGUGACUGUGACCGAUGACAUAUGAUUAACUUUGCAUAUGGUAGUGAAGAAAACCUGUAAAUGUUAUCUAAUUUGCUAAAAGAACAUCAAAAUGAAAUUCAUAAGUAUAAAGAAGAUUGUAACAAGAAAAAACUUGAAGCCAUAGAAGCUUCUAAAAAUUUAGUUUCCACAAUUGUAGAUAAUGUUAAUGAAAGUGUAGCACGUGCAUAUAUAAACCAAAAACAAAUUGAAAAUGCCUCAAAGAAAUUACAAAUCCAAAUAAAUCAAUAUAUUAAAAAUACCAAUCAAUGGCUUAGCUUAAUGGAAAAUUUUCACAAAUCUUUAAAAGAAAUUGGUGAUAUAGAAAAUUGGUCUAUUUCCAUUGAAAAAGAUUUACAAUUUAUUUCUGAAAAAUUAGAGAGCAAACUUGGCCCAUCACAAACAUCUGAUAAAGAAUAAUAAUAUUUCAACAACAAAAAUUCACAUAAUUAUCUUUUUUUU